AUGCCAGGCCCUCAGGGUCCUCCCGGUGCACAGGGUAUACGAGGAUUUCCAGGUCCCGAAGGUUUGCCUGGACCGAAAGGUCAAAAAGGAGCGCAAGGUCCACCAGGGCCACAAGGAAUGAAAGGCGAUCGGGGUUUGAUUGGUGUUCCUGGCUUUCCGGGAAAUGACGGCGCGAAUGGUCGACCAGGAGAACCGGGUCCUCCAGGUGCGCCCGGUUGGGAUGGCUGCAACGGAACAGAUGGAGCUCCCGGUAUCUCUGGAAUGCCUGGACCUCCUGGCAUGCCUGGUUUCCCAGGUAUUCCAGGUACUCCAGGACCGAAAGGUGAACCAGCUAUUGGAUAUGCCGGAGCCCCGGGCGAAAAAGGUGACUCAGGUAUGGCGGGUAUGCCAGGAUUACCAGGUCCACCAGGACGAGACGGCUUCCCAGGCGAGAAAGGCGAUCGUGGCGACGUCGGUCCACCUGGGCCACGAGGACCACCAGGUGAAAUUGGCGCUCCGGGAAAUCCAGGAAUUGGAAGUAUUGGGCCCAAAGGAGAUCCUGGAGAUCUUGGCCAGCCAGGACCGCCAGGUCCGCCUGGGCCGCGGGAAUUCACUGGUUCUGGUUCCAUCGUAGGGCCACGUGGCGUGCCUGGAGAAAAAGGUAUGAAGGGCGAUCAAGGACCUCGCGGUCCUCCGGGUCCACCAGGUCCUGUGCCAUCGACUGGUGCCAAAGGUACAAUCAUUGGUCCGGAGGGUGCCCCAGGAAUGAAGGGAGAGAAGGGUGAACCUGGAGAGCCAGGGCCACGAGGAUAUCCAGGUAAUGCUGGUGUACCUGGGCAGCCAGGUCUUCCUGGAAUGAAGGGAGAAAAAGGUUUAUCUGGACCUGCAGGACCACGCGUAGGUUUUCGCUUAUUUACUGCCUUCCUAAUUUUAGAAAUAAAUUUUCUGUAGAA